AUGUCAGUAAAAUUACACAGAAUUCAAAUAGAAAAAUUGGAAGGCACCAUUAACUGGAUAUCCUGGAAAUUUGAUAUAGAUCUACAACUUACAGUAAAUAAGGUGGCAGGUGUUGUCACAGGGAGUCAAGUAAGGCCAGAAUGUGGUGAAACUGAAGACGACAGAAAGUUGAUCAGAGAGGAUGAUGAAAAAGAUGCCAUUGCAAGAUACAUCAUAGGAUCAACAGUAUCGCAGGAACCAAAGCAGCAUAUACUUACCUGUAAGAAUGCCAAGCAGAUGUGGGACACUCUACAUUCUGUAUAUGAACAGAGGAAUGAAAGAAGGUUAGAUCUUUUGUAUACGGAAUUGUUUACAUAUAAGAAAGAUUCUAAGGACACCAUUGCUACACAUGUGUCAAAGUUGCAACAUAUAUUCCUUCAGUUAAAUGAGGAGUUAAAACAUGAGUCUCAUGAGCUGCCCAUGUCGUUAUUACUCAACAGGGUUUUAAAUACUCUGCCAAAUGAGUAUUUAGAAGUUAAGAAUGCAUGGGAGUCUGUACCAAUUAAGGAAAGGAGCAUUGCUGUACUUACAGAACGUUUAAGAUUGCAUGGCAAUCACGGUCAAGGUUGUGAAAUGUCAAAAAUUGACAAUGUUGCUCUCAUUGGGAAGGAUAAAAGAAUAAAAUGUAAUUUCUGCAAAAAGCUUGGUCAUAUAAAGAAGAAUUGUUUCAAGCUUAAACGGAUGGAGUCCAAGCCAUAA